CGGCGGCGGCGAUUCAGCAACAGAUGAUGGGAGCUAUGGCGCAGCUUCCUAGGCAUUAUGGGUCUCGAUAUUUUCCUUACCUUCCGAUGCCAACUCCUGUACCGCCGGUAUAUGGCCAGUACGCUCCGCCGAUCGUGGCUGUUGGUGGAUUGGGGGCUCAUUCAGGGGAAGAGAACACGACGAUCUGGGUCGGAGAUCUCCAUUACUGGAUGGAUGAGAACUACCUCUAUGGCUGCUUCGGCCAUACCGGCGAGUUGAUUUCUAUAAAAGUUAUCAGAAAUAAGCAGACUGGACAGUCCGAGGGUUAUGGUUUUGUAGAAUUUUGUUCUCGUGCUGCAGCUGAGAAGGUACUGCAAACAUUCAAUGGCCAACUGAUGCCAAAUGCAGAUCACCCAUUUCGGUUAAAUUGGUCAUCUUUUAGCAUGGGUGAUAAGCGUUCAGAUGCUGCUUCUGAUCAUUCUAUAUUUGUGGGAGAUUUAGCACCUGAUGUUACAGAUACCUUGUUGCAAGAUACCUUUUCUAGCAAAUAUCCAUCAGUAAAAAGUGCCAAAGUUGUUAUUGAUGCAAGCACUGGACGCUCUAAAGGCUAUGGAUUUGUGAGAUUUGGGGAUGAUAGUGAGAAAACUAAUGCCAUGACUGAAAUGAAUGGUGUAUAUUGCUCCAGUAGACCCAUGCGCAUUGGUUUUGCAACUCCAAGAAAAUCAAGUGGUUUUGGUUCCAACGUUUCAUCUGCCCAAGUUUCUCAAUCUGAUGGAGAUUCAACAAAUACAACGGUAUUUGUUGGAGGGCUAGACCCUUGUGUCAGUGAAGAUGAAUUGAGGGAGAAUUUUUCUCAGUAUGGAGAUAUUGCUUCAGUAAAAAUUCCAGUUGGAAAACAAUGUGGUUUUGUGCAAUUUGUGCAUAGGAAUAAUGCUGAGGAAGCACUGCAGUCUUUAAAUGGAACUCUUAUUGGAAAGCAGGCGGUACGCUUAUCCUGGGGUCGCAACACAGCAAAUAAGCAGACACGAGCUGAUCGUAGUAGUACAUGGAAUGGUUUAUAUUAUGGCCCUCAAAUUUACUGUGGCUACGGGCUUCCCAUUCCUCAUAAUCCAAUGAUGUAUUUUGCACCAUAUGAAUCCUAUCCAAUUUUUGAGAAUCAACAACAGGUGAGCUAAAGGAUGCCAUCUACAGUACAUGAUCGAGUCCAAACAGGGACACACACUACUGACUUUUAGUUAAGAAUAGUAAAGCAGCAAUAUAGGAU